GGUGCUCUCACAAGGGAAUAAUACAGCUCUCCAGCGCGCGGAGGAAACUGCGCCGACAUAUUCAACUGGAUACUUGAGAAAGAUAGGUUGUGUCUGGGACUUUAAACACAAUCUGCCUUUCUACUGCAGUCUGAAAGUUCAACCCAGACAGCUGAAGUGUCAGAAUGACCUGCGCUGCCAUGACCUGGAUCCCUGUCCUCUCCCUCCUGCUGUUGUGCGUCAGUGACUCAGUUUCCCUCUUCCUGCCCGACUCCAAUGAGCUCAGGCAGCUGCUGAGCCGCUACGAGGAGGCAGCGGACCAGAACAGCCCCAGCAACACAGCUGGCAAUAGGACUCGACGUGCCAUCCGCUGGUCGGACCGUGAGGAGAUCCUCCAGCUACACAACAAGCUGAGGGGCUCCGUUUACCCCACUGCCUCAAACAUGGAGUACAUGGUUUGGGAUGAUGAGUUGGAGCGGUCUGCCACUCAGUGGGCAGAGCAGUGUCAGUGGGACCAUGGGCCAGAGGACCUGCUCAUGUCGAUUGGUCAAAACCUGGCGGUUCACUGGGGAAGAUACCGCUCUCCUGCCUUCCAUGUCCAGACCUGGUAUGAUGAAGUGAAAGACUACACCUAUCCCUACCCCCAGGAGUGCAAUCCUUGGUGUCCAGAACGCUGCUCAGGGCCUAUGUGCACCCAUUACACCCAGCUGGUCUGGGCAACCACUAGCCGAGUGGGCUGUGCUGUGCACGUGUGUCCAAGUAUGAACGUGUGGGGAGAAACAUGGGAGAACUCUGUUUACCUUGUGUGCAACUAUUCCCCAAAGGGCAACUGGAUCGGCGAGGCUCCAUACCAGCAUGGCCGCCCUUGUUCCCAUUGCCCUCCCAGCUAUGGAGGAGGAUGUAGGAAUAACCAGUGCUACAAAGACUCUCAGCGCUCAGAGACGGAGGACAUGAAUGAGGUGGAGAAGCCUCAGGUUCCACUGCCACCUCGUACCACCCCCAGACCUAGACCAUCUGCUCCCAAAAAAACUGCCUCCAAACCCUCCGCUCCUAAGCCCACCACACCAAGGACGCCAUCUUCAAAGACUCCUAGCAACACCUUUCUGGCUCAAAACAUCAAGUGUGAGACUAGACUGCGAGAUAAAUGUAGAGGCGCUACCUGCAACAGAUAUAAGUGUCCUGCUAAUUGUCUGAAUAAGAAAGGGAAGGUUUGGGGAACUCUCUUUUAUGAUGUGCAAUCAAGUAUUUGCCGUGCUGCUAUUCAUUUUGGUGUCAUUGACAACAACGGAGGAGUCGUCGACAUUACAAGGAUGGACAAGUUCCCAUUCUUUGUCAGAGCCACUAAGAAUGGCAUUGAGUCCUCCAGUAAAUAUAAACCCGGGAAUGCCUUUGUGGUGGCCAAGGUGGAAGAAAUGACUGCUGACUGCUACUCUACAGUGGCUGAAAUCUGCCCUUUCAAACAGCCCUACUCACACUGUCCAAGGAUCUUCUGUCCGGCCAACUGCAAGACUCAGCCUUCCUAUUGGUCGCCUGUAAUUGGAAACAACAUCUACACAGAUGGCUCUAGUAUUUGUAAAGCAGCCAUCCAUGCAGGGGCAAUCAAAGCAGAUGGCGGUUUUGUAGAUGUUCUGCCGUUGGACAAGAGAAAGAACUAUGCUGGAGUCCUGAAAAAUGGCAUCCAGUCUGAGAGCAAGAGCAACACAGAGGGAGGCUCUUUCCGAGUCUUGGCUGUGAGGGAGUGAGACUUCUGAUCAGAAUCAGACCAACGAAGUCACCUAAGCUGCUCUUGAAGAGCAGGAAGUGCCCACAGGUUGGAAACCAUGGCUGUUCAUUCGCCUCUGUGCCUUCAGUGGAAACAGAAAGUCCCAGCAGAUUCAUAAACAAUAGCCACCCAGUAAAAGUUAUUGUCCAAUAUUUUGAUGGAACUUCUUUUUUUUCUUUACUCCAGAUAUAGAUAUUUCUACAUACUUAAUUAAUCUGUGAAUACAGAAUGUUACAUAUUAUGAUGCUUUGAACAGCUGGUGCUGUAAGUUUUGGACAUGUUUUACUGAAAGUAUUUUGUUUACAUUAAUGUUCCUAUUACAAAUUCAGAUUGGUUUUCUAACACAGGAAUGUAUACUGAUCACACUGUAUUUAAUCGUUGUGUACAGAAUAUAUGAUAUUUUGUUUGUUUUAAAAAUGGAGUACCAUAUAUUAACAUUCUGAUUCUGAUUUCAUAUUUAAUUUGAAUGCCUUUUUCGGCUCACCUGGGUAAUCUUUGCUUUUUGCUCUUGGGGAUUUGGCAUGUGAAACCAAAUCUAUGUCUAAAUUGUAUUUAUAAAGUAAGUGUUGAUGUUUUGUUUGCUGGGUAAACCAGAACUCGUCAAGCAGAUAAAAAAGGGGAGGAAAUAGUGAGGUAAUGGGAAGUGUACACAGGCAGCAGCAGGCUGUACAUAGAUUAUGUUUCCUUAAGAAGACUGGUGUCACGUCCAGUGCUAGACAUGUGCAGGUGAUUUAUUGAAGGUGUCACAUUACUAGGUUCAAUAUAUAGUAUAUGGUAGCUGCAGAUGGCGCCUCAGAAUCGUGGCAAUAUUGUACAUGUAUUAAAUAACAAUCGCAGACAGUAAACAUGUUAAAGAUAAUACGCAGUCAUUUGUCAUUUCAUAUUUAUUUUUUGCUCAGUGCUUUUCUCAUUUCCGCACCUCUCUUGUUUCUGUAAGAUUUAUGAAAAUGCUAAAUUUGUCGCCUGCCCACCUAAGACAGAUGAAUGUGUCACAUGUUUCAGGUCAGAGAGAGUUGUAUGUGUCGAGACUAGCCCAUAUCUUGAGGUGUGUGAAUGUGUUAAAGGUUUCUCAUCAUCAAACUGCAGUUUUUUAACUUUGGAACCAUUUACACUCUGCAGCGUAGGCGUGAUAGAGACACCUGUAAGGUCUAUCAUUACACUGACAUGGGUCUCUACAGGAUUUUUUUAGCAACGCACAUCUACCAUGUAAACAAAUUAAGCUAAUUAAACAGAUUUACAGUCCAAUUUGUACUUCAGUACUUUUGUACCAAUAAUUAUUAUCACUAUCUGUUUGUUGUCUUUAGGAUGCAAAACAUGCAAACAGAGAGAUUUUUCAAAAUACAAGACAAAGCUGUAAAUAUGUAUGUUUAUGGACUCAUGAGUCUAGAAUAAAAGAAAAUAUAUAUAUCACAAAUACCUGGCCAAGAAGAAAAAUAAAAUCUUUAUUUCUUUAUUCUACCUCAGUCCUAUUGCUAAGCUCGCCAUUUAAGUCUUUUCUAUAUUGGGAAUUUGUAUGGGAAAUGUUAAAGGUUUUGUAAAGUUUUGGGAAAUGUAAAUACUAUGUUUUUUUCAGUUUUUCAAUAAUCCUUAAUAA